CACAUCGGAUCAGAAUCACCUCCACCCUGGGUUAGGGAGUACAGUCUAGACCGCCUAGCAUAGUCUAGAUCGCUAAUACGGUACCACUUUGCGAUAUCCUACAUGGCUGAAUGAGCCUAAUCGAGGCCUCAUUCAAGCGCCGACUUUACGACCUAAUUCAAGAGAGGCUUUUAUUUCGCGCUGCCACUCCCGUCCUCGAUUCGCUGACUACUUCGCUCAUCGAAUGCGUUUCGUCACUUCCUAGGUUCCUGUCGCAGAAGGUCGUCGCAGAGAUGGUCGCAGUCGCAGCGAGCGACCUCGCAUGGCUGCUGCUGGUCGGCGCGGUCUGGGGAAUCACGAAUCCGCUCAUCAAACGCGGCGCGGCAAUGUCGAAGAAAAACGCUCAAGUGGAAAUAGACGCGGCUGCCAAAAAAUCUCCCGCUCCGGAGGGUUCGAGGUCGUUUCCCGGGAGCUUGACCCUCAGGACCCGGAGAUUCUUCCACGUGCUGGCUCGUGAUUGGCAGUACUACACACCGUUGUGUAUAAACCUCUCGGGUUCCCUCCUCUUCUUCGCCACUCUAAGGGGCGUCCACGUAUCCCUGGCUGUGCCAGUAAGCAACGGCGCCACAUUCGCCUUCAAUGCAGCAGCUGCCUAUGCCUUUGGCGAGAAAAUACAACCGGGGCUGGCAUUAGUGGGGAUUUCAUUGGGUGUGCUUGGCAUAGCUCUAUGCGUGUAGCAGGUGCUGCUACACUGUCCCAUCCGCCUUAAUGAUAUUGACACACUUUCUGAGAAGAGGGGGGGGAGGAUGUUGGAAAAUCCCAUCCCUGUCACAUAACUUUUCCUAGCGCAUACAUUCCCCGAACCCCGAACGUGCUACCAUCACUCUUUGGGCUGUUGGUGUGCUUUCGAAACCUCACCUCCACCAGGCCGUCGUUCUCGUGUUGCCCUGCAAGCAACCAUCCCUCAAGCCAUGUCGCUCCCGAACACCUUGCAUCACAACACACCUUCCUUGCUAUUUAGGUGGCCCUAUUUGACCCUGCUUGUGAUUCCUCAUUGUUUUGCCUUGAUUAUUAUCAACUACCGGUACUU